AUGAGAAGGAGUCUUUCCCGUCAUUUGCACGCAUCUGCAUGUUGUUAUAACCGAGUUAACCCGGAUCGAAAGGCUUUGGAAGAAGUGGCAAGAGUCAACGAACGGAAAAAUAAGAAGGAAUUUCGGGAUGAAGUAAUAGAACCAAAAAAGAAACCGAUUUUGGACUAUAAAGGCAUGUUUUAUACUAUUUUUGACUUUAUAUUUAGGCCCAAAGGCGAAUUGUGCUGUGUAUGGUGCCGGAUUCACGAAAUCUGGUGCUCUUGGGAACUCAAAACUUGUAACAGCUGAAGGACAACCUGAAUUAGUCAACCGACCGCUUAGGAUUGGGGUUUUGAAUACGAAAAGCAUUAGAAGAGUGGCUGCUGGGCUUGGAUUUUCAGUUUUUGCUUCGCCGUCUAAGGUUUAUGGCUGUGGAUUGAACAAUUUCUAUCAAAUUGGUGGAGAAUAUAGAUCGGAAAAGAAAGAGUAAGGUUUUUAGAAUUGUUUAAUGUAAAAUACGACUUCUCAAAUAUCCUUACAAAAACAAUAAUGCGCUUUUUAGUUGAUGGGUACAAAUAAUUUACGAUCUUUAAUGGCUGUCUUUUUAAAUUCAAAUUAAUGUUGAUAUAGACAGUUUAUUUUUAUUAAAUUAUAACUGUUUAUAUGUUUUAGAAGGUCAGAAAAGUAUUAUAUAUCACCGACAGAGAUCAAAAUACCAGAAACACCUCAGAUUUUGAGCAUAUCUUGUGGUAGAUUACAUACAUUGGUAGGUACAAGUGAUGGUGUUUAUGCUUUUGGAGAUAACGUACACGGACAAUGUGGCCAACAUCCCGAUCAUUUGCCACAGGUACAUUUUUGAUUUUUUGUUUUUAAUUUUAGAUUUUGUGAAAAGAAAACGAAACAGAACUACAGCACCUUUACUGUGUACAGUAAAGUUUCUGUAAUUCCUGACCUUACACGGGUUUUUAAAGUUUUUUUAUACGGUUGGUGGAAUAAAUACAUAAUUUGUAAUGUCACAAUUUUUCAAGAUUAUUACCUGUCAAAGCUAUAACAAAAAUUGUUAUAGGUAACACACUCAGUUAGGGACUUUUCCGUUCCUCGAGUGCCAAUUGAUUCGUCUGCCAAAGUAAAACAAGUUCAUUGUUUAUUAGAUACUUCAUUUGUACUACUAGAAAAUGGGAAGUUAUAUUCGUUUGGUUUGGGAACAGAUGGUCAGUUAGGUACAGGCAAUUUGGACAUCCAGUCAAUACCUACAAACUUAGAUCUGCCACCGAUCCGGUUAGUGGCUGGCAGUACGGAUACAGUUAUGGCUGUGGAUUAUGAUGGUACGUUUUCGUCUUAUGACCUUAGAAAAUCUGGCAUUUUUUAUGAUUAUUUUAUAUUAUAGUAGGCAUCUAUUGUUUCUUUCAUUUUUUACAUUAGAAAUAUAAGUAUUUACACCUAACUUUUUUAGGAAACCUAUUUAUGUGGGGUCAAAAUGAGUAUGGACAACUAGCCGAACUGACAGAUGAGCCUCAAUUAGCAUAUCCAAUUCAAGUACCAUUCAAAUUUGAUAGUCCAGUACGGUCAGCGCAUGCUACGGCUACAUCGUGCAUAGUGGCAACAGAAGAGGGUGUAGUAUACACUUGGGGAUCAAUGAUAUUGGGAUCUGGGCCUUUGCUCAAGGAGUCAAAACGACCGGUUGAAUUGUCUCCGAAUUUGUUUGCCGAUGCUCGAGGAGGUCAUUCUAAGGUAAUAUUUUGCGGUUUUAGGUGUUGAACGGGGGUUUAAGGGCAAUAUUUGACGAUUUGUGGUACAUCUAGGUUAUUAUAAAGUAAUCUUUGUUAGUUUAGCUAUGGUUAAGGUGAAAAAGGGAAAAUAUUAUUAAAAAUAUGUUGAAGUAGAUUUUUUAGAUUGUUAUAGUAAUUUUACUUCCAGGUUCGUCGUGUCUUUGCCGGAAACGCCACAAUGGCCGCCAUAAACACGGCGAAUCAACUGUUUGUUUGGGGAGCCAAUAGGCAUAGAGCCCUGGCUCUUGGUCAUCCUAAAGACCAGCUUUUCCCGAUCCAAGUUCAUAUACCUACAGAUGUGAAAUCGGUGGCUAUGUCACCAACUCAUAGCUUAUUCUUGGCUGAAACUACGUAA